AUGAAUAAUAGGAGUUAUGACUAUGAAGAAGAGAUAAUUGAAUAAAAGCCAUCUUAAUCUCCAUAAAUGAUUGAAGAAUUAAAUUUCAAUAAGAGAGAAACCAUAACUAUGAAAUAAAUUAAGUAACUCUUUGAAGAAACAGAACCAGACUGGGAAAGAGUAUAAAUUACAUUUAAUAUUAAGAUCAAAAACGUCUAGGGAAUGUACAUUAUCAUGUUAGCCUUAUAAAAUGUUUUCUCUCUUUGGAUUUUAUUGCUUCUAUAUUUGAUGAAUUUGGGAAACGUUAUAGCUAACUAUAUCAAAUACCCAGUUGAUCUGGUAUUUAUUUUUAUAUAUUUGUAUUGUCUAAUACAAAUAUAAUUCAAAUAGCAUGAUUGGAGAACUCCUCCCUUCAAUUAUUUAUUAUAUGUAAUGAUUAAUAAUAUUUUAAGUUUUUAGAUGGCUCAUGCAGUUUCAAGAACAUUGUUAUCAAUAUUUGUCAUAUUUAGAUUUACUUAUAUACAUUUAGAAAUAGUAUAUAUUAUGGUAUCAUUUGAUUUCAUAAUUGUUUUCUUAUGUUUUUAAAUUGAUAAGAGAAGCAAAUAAGAAUGCUUUUUAGCUAAAGAUUAUUGGUGGAGGUAAUUAUAUGAGUUCCUUAAUUAAUUAUAGAGCUCUGUUGAUUUUCAUGAUCUAAGAAAUUCUAGUAAAUUUAGUUUAUGCUGUAUAUACUUGGAUUGAAGUAUUUGCUUGGUUCUUUGCUUAUUUUAUGAUUCUGUGUUAUGUGCUUUGGGAGUGUCAAAUGAUUAGAUUUAGACCUCAUAUGAAUUAUUAUUUCAAUGCCUUUUAUUUAGGUCAAAUCUAUUUCGAUAGUGAUAUUAUGUUUCCAUGUUCCUUGAUAAAGUUAUUCAGACAUUGA